UAUAUAAAUAGGAAAAGAGAUAAUAAUAAGCUAGUUCUUAAGACCUUUAAGGGUAAGCUAGGGGGCUUAAUAAGGUCUUUCUUUAUAGCUAGAAAAGUCCUUAAGGCCUAUAAGGUUAAGCUGCCUCUAUAA